CACCACUACCACCAGCACCACCAAUACCCACUCGCAUCGUCGUCGUCCAUCCUCCCCACCUCCUCCCUCAGAGACAUCGUCUCGUUGGUGAUGAUCCUCUUGUCGUUACCCCAUAGCAUCUCGUUGGGCCUCCUCAUCCUCCACAUCUUACUCGGCUCCACCUUCACAGGCGGCAAGUUCAUCUUCAACAUCUUCAUACGAGAGAACGCCGAACCUCUCGUGGGCAACGUCAGGAAAUUUCUCUUGAACGCGGUCAAGAUUGCUAUUCUCAACUUGACGCUUUUCGGUUGCUUGAGCGUCUUGAUCCACAAAAAGAGCCAUUUCAACUAUGUGAUUAUGUUCUCCAAAGCAAUUAUAUCCAGCGAUCUCAUAGGCUCCAGCUCUAUCAACUACAUCAACUCCAUCUCCAACAAGCGGAUUUCUUCAAAAAUUCAGUAUGAUGAUGAUAAGAAGUAUUUCAACAGUAGUCUCAUAAACUCGGUCGUUAGCUUUUGCAUCAUAAACUACAUCAAUUACUUGAUUCAAUGGUUGAAUGGCUCAUUUGACUUUAUUGACAACUAUAGCAGCAACCUUAGCUACAUCAACAACUACAAUUUCUCAAACUACAAGAACAAAUUGUAUUUGGUUUUGUCGGUUCAUAUCAUAAGCUCAUCAAUUUUCAAGAAACCACAUACAGUUCAUAAUUCAAUAUCUAAUGUUUUCGAUGACAUAUCUAUUAAUUGCGACGAAAACAAAUUGCUAGAUAUAAAUUUGAAUGAAUCCAUACCCAAAAACUUCGAUAGCUCCAAGAACGUGGAAUCGCUAAAUUCGGUGGCCAUCAAGAACUUUGAAAAUUUCAUCAUAUCGCCAUUCAACAGUAGAUUGACGAUACUAAAGAAUAAAACUCAAUUAAGUAAUGGUCAAAGCGGCACAACGAACAACACUAGUACCACCUCAACUACCACAGCAUCAUCAACAACCUCAACCUCCACUUCUUUGACGACUACAACGGUUUCUCCAAACAUCACUACAAUUGAGAACACUAUUAUCAUUCAACCUUUUUGGUCAAUUUUAGCUGCGUGUAAGGCUAUUUUGAAAAAUCCAAAUUUAUUCCUAGGGGAAACCACAAAAUUUAAAAACAAUGGUGGAAAAUUCAUCAAGAUCCAAGAUGACCAUAUUUACAAGUCUAAAAACUUUGAGGGUUGCAAAAUGGCAACAAUGUUAAUUGAUGAUUCAAAGGUUAUCUUCAAAUUUUUGGAUCAGGAUGAGCUCAAGGGCCUUAAAAUAAGGAAUCUAAAAAUAAAGUUGAAUAAUGUCAACUGGACAUAUUUCAAGUUGAUUAAGACGGAUGAUAAUGAUUUAAAAUUGGUCAUUUAUGGGUUGACCCCAUUGUUUCAGUAUGAAAUAGACUUGAUCAUUGAAGACCAAAUCGUCAAUCACUUUAUUAUCAAUACCACCAAUGAUAAUGACAAUCUUGUUCUUAACAAAUCGUUGGCAGAAACCUCAUCAUUAAAAACUUUGCAAAUCUCAUUGAUUUCUAGCAUUAAAAAUUUGAGUUCUUUGAGAGCUAAAUUGAAAAAGUUCAAGAGAGAAGAGAAUAAGAAAUUGACAGAAGCCAAGAAUAAUAUUGAUAAUUUGAAAAACAAGAUCUCCAAGUACAGCAGCAAAUUGAAUAGCGAUCAAAGAGCAUAUGGUAAACUCAAGGGCCUUAAGCACUCAGUAAUGCAAUUGGAACAAGAGAUUGAACAAUUGAAUGUUACGAUUGACACGCUACAUGAAAAGGAAAAAGAAACAAAAAGCGGUUUUGAGAGUGAAGAAGAAACUCUUUUGAAGGAAAUCAGCGAGUUAGAAUCUAUAUUCAUUGAGUACGAAAAUCGGAUUAAGGUUGAGAAAGCUUAUUUGAAAAAUGCGAAGUCAGACGAGCAUACUAUUGAGUUGAAAAAUCAAAAAUUGUUGAACAAGCAGGCUGCCAGAACCGAGGAAAUCAAAAACAUGAAGAAUGAUUUAAAAUUGAUCAAAAAGAAUGAAAUUUUGGCCAAGUUUUCCAAAAGAAGCAAGAAAACAAAUGAGAAGUAUGACACUAUCUUACCGAAGGUAAAACUUGAAACUGAAAUCUUGAAAGAGGAU